AUGCCUAUGGUUUGGAACUCCGAUGCCGAUGCGAGGCUCUUUGCUGCUGUCCUGGCGACCUCCGAUGUGAAAGUCAACUAUGCUGCAGUUGCCGCUAUGAUGGGUAAUGAUUGCACUGCCAAAGCCGUCACACAUCGCAUUGGCAACAUCAAGAAGGUGGCAGGUUCAACAAUCACUAACGAUGGUGAUGCGUCUGCUACGGGAACCCCCAAGACCACCACGCCCAAGGGCCGAAAGCGAGCAACAAAGACAAAUGAUGACUCCACUCCGUCCAAGAAGUCCAAAGUCGCUGCAACCACAACACCCAAACCUACCAAGAAAGAUGCUCCCUCCACCCCUGCAGUUGUCAAGGAAGAGAAAGCUGAAGACACCGAUACCGAAGAUACCAAGGACGGCAGUAUUACCACUCCUAAUGGUGACAACGCCUGA